AUGUCCCCGUACUGGCCAGACGUCUACAUCCUCCCCUCCCACCCCUCCAUCACGUGCAUCGACCGCUUCUCCCUCAUCGAAAGCCCCAAUGACACCGGCGAGGAUCCCCCCUUCUGGCAGCUCUUUAUAACGCUGCUCGAUACACCGGUCACGUCUAUUCCCGCGCUUCUCGAUGUUCUGGAAACCAUUGCUAUUGAACGCAGAGGCAAAGCGCCACAAGAUUACAACACCCUCGCCUCCAUCCUACGUGCGCGCGAGGCCGCCUUUCUCAACGUCUUGUGGCCAGCUAUAGCCAACUCUGCACUAGCCAUGCCCAACCUCUUCCCCUCGCACAGCCUCCCCAUCCUGGGCGAACGCACCGCGAAGCUGGAGCUGAGUAGAAAGCAAGUCGCAUGCCUCGUAGCGCACCAGUUUCUAGGGACGCUCGAGGAGGUCCCCUGGCAGACGGGAUUCCACAUCUUCGAGCUGUGGUUUGCGGGAGAACAGGUGCAUGCCCGCGCGCCGGAGGUGUAUAUCGACAGCGUGCUGGGGUACUUUGGGGGCAUUGCCGAGGGCGACGAGGACGAGGGGCAAGAGUGGAAAGUGAGCUACGAGGUUGUGGAGCGCAGUCCUUGUGCAUCUGCUUCAUUCUCGCCGUUUCCCGCGAGGCCAGGGUCCCAAGAAACGGAUAUGGGAGACAUCAGCCUGCUGCACAUGGACGGCGCGACGAACGCUCCAGAAUACCUCGGGGCAGGGGGCAACGCGGUGGUCGUGUCGGCGAACAAGUUCAUCGGCUUCGGGCGCUCCGCGACGCAGGAGGAGGUCCUGGUCGGCACGACGCCCGCCGCGUGUCCCGCGGUGCUGGUCACGCCGCCGCUUGCCGCCGCGCAGGUCCUCGUCGUGAGGGGCGCUGAGACCAUCACUAGGACCGUCGGCAUGGCCCGCGAGAUGCGCGGGUGUGGGCCACACAAGGUCUACUCUGCAAAGGUGUGGAGGGAAAGAGCGAUGUUGUUCAUGGAUGCGCUGGAGUUGGAUUCCUUCGACGGGUCAAUAUAUCCUGAUGUUGAACGGGCGAACGUGGAGCGUGAGAUGGAGAAAGCAACCACGGCCUUUUCUUCGGCGAAAUACUCGAGAGUGUAUACGGGGUUGUGGGGGUGUAGGACGUUUGGCGGUGAUCCUGGGGUCAAAAUAACGAUCCUAUGGCUUGCGGCGAGUGUGGCAGCGUCAGGGCUUACGGUCAUGUAUGAGGACGGAAGGGAGGGUUUUGCGGAAAGCAUGGGGAGGUUCGUGGAACUGAUUGAUUGCGAGGCGACCUGUGACUCCAAGGAGUGGCCGGUGUCCUUUUCCUAUGCAUUCCUAAACGCCGUGUACUUCAUGCCAUCGUACUUCGUAACACCCAUCCUGGCCGUGCCCACGCCCGACAUUACGUCCGCCCUCACUUCGUCUCUUUGCCGGAAUCGUAACCGGCCGCGCCGUCAACCUGCUCCAUUAACCCCCCCUGCAGCAUGUGCUUCAUAUCUUGCUCGUUCCAGCUCGGUGCCCGGCCCAGGUGACCAAGGCUGA